UAAAAACGGGCCCCACCGCUUAUAUGCCUUGGCAGCCUGACUCCCUUCGUCUUCCCUUCCUCCUCAGCUUGCGACGGCGGAACUCGGAAGAGGCCAUGGCGUCCGCUCCCUCUAAGCGAUUCCACGGACCCAAGGGCUCAUACCGUAACCAGAAGCGCUUCGUCCCCAAGGGAGAGAACUCCUCCUUUUCGAGAGAUCACCCGAUCCCCGGCAACGCCAAGCCUCCGCCGCCGCUGACUACUGCGUUGCGGGAGUCCUCCACCGCCCCAGCGCGGCCGGGAGGGAAGGGGAGGCGCGGCGGAGGCGGGAAUUUCGUCAGAUACUUGCCUCAGGAUGAAGCGGUCGCUUGCGGCCUCGGGGCCGACGCUGGGGGCUUGGACGCCGUCGAGUCGCAGGGCAUCGUCGAUCUCCUCAAUGACGAGCUCUCCAAGCUGCUCAAGAUGAGCUCUAGGGAUUUCUGGCAAGAAGUGGCAACGAAUGAUUCGCUGCAUGAGUUCUUGGAUAGUUAUUUACAGUUCAGGCACAGAUGGUAUGAUUUCCCACACCGAGGGGCGAGGGGAACUGUUGCAGGUGUUAUUGUUGGAGAGCUUGAGCUAUGCCGUCGGGUCUUUAUGGUCCUUUAUCGAAUAUCUUCUAAUAAAGACCCUGGAGCGCGUGCAAAUGAAUGCCUUAGCAUGAAAGAGCACACAGCCCUCCUGCAGGAAAAGAAACUGCUGGAUUUGCCAAAAUUACUGGAUAUAUGUGCUAUCUAUGGGUAUGACAAUGAAGAACUAACUAGGUUAUUGGUUACAAAUGCUAUCAAAGCCCAGCCAAAGCUCCUUGACAACAUCAGCUCGGUGGUAACACAUUUUCUAAACAUAGUUCACACGAUGCAUCAAAGAUGCAGCUCAUCAAUAGAGGUGCUAAUUGCUUCUGGAGGAUGUGAAGUUCAUGGAUACAGUCAACUGUAUAAAGAUUUUUCAGAGGUAGUGGACUUCAUAAAUGAUGCCAUUGUGACUUUAGAUGCUUUUGCUGAUGCAUACAAACCUGCAUCUUUGUACUUCUCUAUUCCAUUUGAAAUGAGUUAUGGAAAUGAGGAGCUACUGAGCACCCUGGCAAAGUUACAUGAUUCCUUGCUGCUGUCUAUAGAACAAGGAUUUAAACUUGUUUCUAGUUAUGUGGCUGAUGGGAAACAAAACUUAUCUGCUGGCUUGCUUGAAGAUGUUGUUCUCAGUUUGAAAAUGUUGUCAGUAAGAGUAGUCAAGUUUGGUGGGAAAUUGCUGGACUUCUGCUAUUUAAAUGAUCAACUCACUGAUGAUAGUCUCCUUCAAACUGCUACGAAGAUGUUUCCAGCCAAAGUCGAGGAUCCUGCAAUAAGAGGAGACAUUUUAGUUCAAACCUUUAAAGAGAUCAAUGGGGAAGUUUCAAAUCCAUAUGGGAAAUAUCGUAGUGGAACAUUUCUUCAGAAUAUUGAAAAGGACUUUAAGAUACUGGGCCAAAUUCAAGGCCUUCGCAACAAUGGAUGGAUUUUUAUGGAUGAUGAGCAGUUUCAAUACCUAUCUCAAAUUGCAGCACCAGCUACCAUGGUGUCCUGGAAUAAAGAACCUGAGAUCCCCAUCCCCAUCUCUUCACUGAAUGAUAAAGCACAGAUGGAUGAAGAGGCUGUAAUCCUUGACUCUAAAAUUAGUCAAAUUAAGGACCUUUUCCCUGAUUAUGGGAAAGGUUUUCUUUCAGCUUGCCUUGAAGCUUAUAACCACGAUCCCGAAGAAGUUAUUCAAAGGAUAUUAGAAGGAACUCUUCAUGAAGAUCUUUUGUCUCUGGAUACUUCAUUAGAGCAAAUUCUACCACCGAAGUCAGCAACCCAGAACAAGAGUGAUAAAGGGAAAGGGGUGCUACUCGAAUCUGCAUCUUGUAAUUCUGUCUUGCCUGCUAAAGUGGAUAGCAAGAUGCCAGGGAAAGACAAAGAUGGCCCUUCAUCUUCUGUUUCAUCAUAUGGGCGAUAUACAAGGAAGUCUAAUAAUAACUUGCCUGACUCUGCAGUUUUAGACUCAACGGCUAAAGAUGCAGUGAGGUCUGCUGUCCUUGCAGCAGAGUACGAAUAUGAAGAUGAAUAUGAUGAUUCAUUUGAUGAUCUAGUUUUGAAUGUUGUGGAAGCAGGAUAUGAAGAGGCAGAUAACUCAAGUAAUAGGAUCAGCUCAUUAUCAGAAAGGUCUUCAGGAUCGGAUAUUGAGACUUCGUCACGCAAUUCUACUUCAAAAUGGAGUUCACAGAAGAAGCCACAAUUUUAUGUUAAGGAUGGGAAAAACUACAGCUACAAAGUUUCUGGUUCAGUUGGCGUGUCUAAUGCUCAGGAAGCAGCUGUUUUAGCCCAAGCCCAGAAGGAAAUAAUUCAUGGUCUUGGUCGUGGUGGAAACUUACCUGUUGGGGCUGUCAAGAAGUUGAUGGAUGCUGAAGAGCAGGAUCACUCAGUCUCUGAUGCUGCAGAAAGUUCAGGCAGAGGGAACCCAAAUCCUCGGGGUAGAGGAGGAAGGAGAGGUGGUGGAAAUCAUCAUAGAAAAGAUAGAGCGAUGAAGAAGCACUUUACAGGACUGGUGGGCCAUUAGAUGCUUCCAGUUUUCAUAAAUAAUUUGUUGGACACAGAAACUGUAAAUGCAUAUACAUGAGUUGCCGGGACAGUUUGUACUGUUAGAUUGCUAAACAGUUUUUUCAUUUUGUGUGUACAUGAAUCAAAUUUGGUCCAUCAUCAGCCACAUCUCUCACAUGUUUGGAAAUACGAUGUAAGAGAUAAGCUCUGGGUAAUUUUAGGUUACCCAAUUAUCAGGUUAGUUUGACGGUGAAUUGACUGUAUACAACUUUUUUGGUUAAUUCCUUGCAUAUUAGAAAAAGGAAUUGGUCUUUUACCUAUGCAUCAUCAUCUUCGGUCA